AUGGACUACAAUCCUUUCAUGGUCGAUCCCCAAAAUGGAUCACCUGUAAGAUCACCGGUAAGAUCACCGGUAAGAUCACCUCAGCCUGCCGCUAGACGACAGCAUUCUCCUUGGAGAGCCCAGUAUUCCGACUACUCGGCCAAUGAAAACGAUCUGUCUACCGCUUUCCAAGGGUUCCCAGCAGCUGCCGCGGUUCAGCCUCCUUCUCCCUCCAAAGCCGCAGCCAAAUACUCUCCGCAGCGCAGAAACAUGUUUGCGCGCGAUAGCACUCCAAAUACCCCUUUACGCCAGGAUCGCUACGCUACUAAUAUGCAAGAGUCCCCUAAGCGCAAUGGUCGCGCAGUUAUCGAGAUUGACCAAUGUUCCGAUGAAGAAGUGGAUGAUUUGUACGAUGUUUAUGCACAGAAAGAUAUGGGCUCUCCUUCCAGAAAUACCUCUAAUGGUGAAAGAUCUAACUAUUCUUUCGAAAGCUACCGCAAGUCUUUAGACGAUGGUAGCACUGUUUAUUCGGGUGAUACUUUUGAACAAACGCAAUUUCAAGUCAACCACCCACAGCGUAAUUACAUCAGACGCGGAAAAUCAGAGAUUAGAAAACCGCCUCCUGUUACUAUCAAAAAGAACAUUUUGAAAUUGGACAAUCCAAUUCCUAGAGGCUUGUUGGAGGUCUUGCCCAGACGCGAUUCCCCUGAGUACACAGAGAUGAGAUAUACGGCGUGUACUUCUGAGCCUGAUAGCUAUGUCGAUGAAGGCUAUUCACUCAGGUUUGCAGAAAUGAGUCGGGAAUGCCAAAUCGCAAUUUGCAUUACUAUGUACAACGAGGACAAAUUUGCGCUAUCCAGGACCUUGCACUCCAUUAUGAGGAAUGUCGCACAUAUGUGUAAGCGUAAAAAGUCUCAUGUGUGGGGUCCAAAUGGGUGGAAGAAAAUACAGGUCAUUAUCGUUAGUGAUGGUAGGAACAACAUCAAUAAAGGCUCUUUAGACUAUUUGAGUGCUCUAGGUGUUUACCAAGAAGAUAUGGCCAAAUCCUCAGUUAAUGGUGAGCCCGUCAAGUCGCAUAUUUUUGAACUUACGACCCAGGUAUCAAUCGACGGCGACUUGGACUAUGUUAGUAAGGACGUUGUGCCAGUGCAAAUUGUCUUUUGUCUGAAAGAAGAAAAUCAAAAAAAGAUCAAUUCUCAUCGUUGGUUAUUCAAUGCCUUCUGUCCCAUUUUAGACCCAACAGUCGUCGUCUUAGUUGACGUGGGCACGAAGUUGAAUGAUACUGCAAUUUAUCAUCUAUGGAAAGCCUUUGAUAGAGACUCAAAUGUCGCUGGUGCUGCUGGUCAGAUUAAGACGAUGAAAGGUAAAUGGGGUGUGAAGCUUUUGAAUCCACUAGUUGCCUCUCAAAACUUCGAAUACAAGAUGUCGAACAUUUUGGAUAAGCCACUUGAAAGUGUGUUUGGGUACAUAUCUGUGCUACCUGGUGCCUUAUCAGCCUAUCGCUAUCGUGCUUUGAAAAAUCAUGAGGAUGGAACAGGUCCUUUGAAUUCAUAUUUUCUCGGUGAAACUCAGCAAGGUCGCCAGCAUGAUGUUUUCACUGCAAAUAUGUACCUGGCGGAGGACAGGAUAUUAUGUUGGGAAUUAGUGGCGAAAAGGAAUGCCAAAUGGAUAUUAAAAUACGUCAAGGAAGCAACAGGUGAGACAGAUGUCCCUGAGGAACCUCCAGAGUUCAUUUCUCAGAGAAGACGUUGGUUGAACGGUGCGAUGUUUGCGGCUCUUUAUGCACAGUUGCAUUUUACACAAAUAUGGAAAACUAAACAUUCAGCGACAAGAAAAGCAUUUCUCCAUUUGGAGUUCUUUUAUCAAUUUGUCCAAAUGUUAUUCUCAUGGUUUUCGAUUUCCAACUUUUUCUUGACCUUCUACUUUUUAGCUGGUUCGAUGAACAACCUGAUGAAGCAUGGGGAUAUCUUGUUCAUAUUCUUCAAGUAUCUGGUUAUAUGCGACUUGGCAGCACUUUUCAUUAUCUCUAUGGGCAAUCGACCACAAGGCGCCAAUCACUUGUUUAUCAUUUCUAUGGUAAUUUUGUCGAUAUGUUCUACCUACGCUCUGAUUUGUGGAUUCGUCUUCUCCAUCAAAACUCUCAAAGAUCCUAGUUCAAGCAGUAUGGUAUUUGUCAAUAUCGUGGUAUCUCUGUUAUCCACCUACGGCCUUUACGCGUUCACUUCGAUCCUAUAUCUUGACCCUUGGCAUUUGAUCACAUCAUUCAUACAAUAUUUGUUGAUGCUUCCGUCAUUCAUUUGCACGUUGCAGAUUUUCGCAUUCUGUAAUACUCAUGACGUUUCUUGGGGUACCAAAGGUUCCACCCAAGAUUCCAAACCCAAAUCUGAAGCCACAGUGAAACAAGGUCCUAACGGACAGCAAAUUGUCGAAGGUACAGAAUGGCCUCAAGAAGUGGACAAGAAGUUUGCCGAAAUCAAAAACAGGCUUAAAGAACAAGAAAUCAUUGAACCUAAGGUGGACGAGGCCCAAAGAAAUAAUGACUACUAUCGCGAUAUCAGGACUCGUAUUGUAAUGCUUUGGAUGCUGUCGAACUUGGUUCUCAUGAUGGUUAUCACACAAAUUUAUGGUCCAGAGGAUACAGCUAAAAACAAAUACCUGACUUUCAUCCUGUGGUCAGUCGCCGUAUUGGCAGCUUUCAGAGCCAUAGGCUCGAUUUUGUUCUUGUUUAUGAAAUAUUUGCGAGCAAUGGUAAGCUUCAAGCACAAAGCAGAAGAUAGUGGAUCUCUGAAUAUUCCAAGCGUCAAAACAUGGUUCCGCAAACCUAGUAAAGUGUAG